CCAUUAGAUCAUAUGUCAUUUUAAGUAAAAAUUGAAAAACAAAACAAAGAGCACAAUAAUAGAAACUUUGAACUAGAACAUCGUAUAAUACGUCUGAGAACCAUAUAAAAAGAAAAUCACAAUUGGAACGCAUCUAGCGCAUCUUAGUCAUCAACAAUGUUAGAUGAAGAAAGAAUUCCGUUGAAACGCGCUGAAAUAUCCAUUCAGAAAUUCAACGACGUUGGAAUACCCCAUCAUCGUAGUCUUCUGCGAAAUCAUAAAUCAAACAUUAAAAAAUGUCUCGCAUUGAGCGAUUGGGACAAAAUCCAAAAAGAAGAAAUCAAUGCAACGCGGGUAGUGAAACAGCUGAAAACCUUGCUGAUGGAAAUGGACAGUCUACGGAGUAAAUUGGUCAGGGAAGACGUAAAAAAAUUCGACGAAUUGAUAUGGAAGAGUCGUCAAAGUGCAAUGGAAGAAAUGAAAUCUUACAUGGAACUCCAACUGAAAUCACCGUCAACAUCCAAAUCUUCAUUCGAUGAGGACGAUGACAAUUCCGAAACAACUAUGGACAUUCAUAGCGUACCACAGAUUCAGACACAAUUCCAAUUAUCCGAUCAUCAAAUCAAAUCGAGAGAGGCAUGUUUGGCACAAUUCGAGCAAUUACAAAGCGAAAUUGGAGACCUACACGACAUGUUCAAUAAAUUGAAUUGCGAAGUUCAUUCGCAGAAGGACGGCAUCAAUGUGAUUGCUGACAAUGUGGAGGUAGCUCAAGUACAAGUUGAACAGGGCGAGCAGAGCCUAAAACAGGCCGUACGGUACAAAAAAGCCAUGUAUCCAUUGUGCGGUGGACUGAUUGGAAUGUGUGUUGGAGGACCCAUUGGAAUGUUAGCGGGUGCGAAAAUUGGGGCUGGAGCUGCGGUUUGCUGUGCAUUUCUGGGAUUCACUGGCGGCAAUGUAAUAAAAAAGCAGGAGGAAAGGGGUGAACCGAUGAUGGAACAAAAGAAUGAAUGAUACAGGUGUGUAGUCCAGUAAGGGACUUCAUUGUGGUAAGGUGUUUUGGUUAUUGCGGUUUUGAAAACGUUCAAUUGAAUGUCAUGUCUGUUGACGUGAUGUCGAGAAGUUGGUUCAUUAUAUUUAGAGAGUAAAUUUAAAUUAGUAGAGGUCGCAUAGUCGUCGUCGUUAUUUAGUUAAAUUGUUUAUACGUGGACAUACAUGGGCAAUGAUUUAUUUACAAUUUUAUUACCAAAAGAUUUGCUUCAUAUGCCACCAUCAAUCAUAGCUUUAAAACUCGUUAAUCGGAUUCCUAAUGGUACAAAAUUCAAGCGACACUUCUUGUCUGCUAUUUGUAUCUUUCAACUCUAUUCAAUGCUAGCAUAACUGAUGAAAUAAAUCGAUUUACA